AUGAUUUUAAAAAAUUUUUCCUUUCGCGUUAUACAACCAAGGCUACAUUCAUCUUAUCAAAGAAAGUUUUCAUUUAGUGCUUUUGUUCGAAGCGCUCAGUAUGAAAGCACUGUCAAAAACAUGUGUAUUAAUAAAGAUACGCGAGUUAUUUGCCAAGCACUUGAAUAUGGAACUAAUUUAGUUGGUGGUGUUUCUCCCAAGAAAGGAGGUACAACCCACUUAGGGUUGCCUGUGUUUAAAACUGUAGCUGAAGCAGCUCGCGAAGUAAAACCGGAUGCAUCUGUAAUUUAUGUCCCUCCUUCAGGCGCUGCUGCCGCCAUUAUAGAAGCCGUCCAAGCAGAAAUUCCGUUAGUAGUUACGAUUACGGAAGGUAUUCCACAGAAAGACAUGGUUAAGGUUUUGAAAGUUUUGAAAUCUCAAAACAAGACUCGUCUUAUAGGACCGAAUUGUCCCGGUAUAAUUGCACCAGGUGCUUGUAAAAUUGGAAUUAUGCCUGGUCAUAUACACCAAGUAGGGAAUGUUGCCGUAGUGUCUCGAUCUGGAACUUUGACUUACGAAGCAGUUAACCAAACUACCCAAGUAAACCUUGGACAAACGUUAUGUGUAGGUAUUGGUGGUGACCCGUUUAAUGGCACUAACUUUAUAGAUUGUUUGAAAGUGUUUUUGGAUGAUGAAGGAACUAAAGGUAUUAUAUUGAUUGGAGAAAUUGGUGGUUCUGCUGAAGAGGAAGCAGCAGAAUUUCUUAAAGAAUACAAUUUAACUCGGAACCAGCCAAAACCAGUUGUCUCAUUUAUUGCCGGAUUAACUGCUCCUCCUGGUCGUCGUAUGGGUCACGCUGGGGCUAUUAUAGCCGGCGGUAAGGGUACCGCAAGUGAUAAAAUUAAGGCUUUAGAGGACGCUGGUGUAGUUGUAGUUAGGAGUCCAGCAAGACUAGGCAUCACCUUGAGAGAAGUUUAUAUCUAUAAACCGGCAUCAAGACGAGUUUAUCCUACUUCGUUUGCUGGUGUUACUCGGUUACUUCAUGCUUCGAAGCCAAAAACUCUUAAAGAGCGUUUGUUUGAAUUAGUUCCCGAAAAGCAAGAGGAAUUAAAACAAGUCAAAAAAGAACAUGGCGCUAAAAGCUUGGGAAAUGUAACGGUCGAUAUGGCUUAUGGUGGUAUGAGGGGUAUCAAGGGUUUAAUAUGGGAAGGUUCUGUGUUAGACCCGGACGAAGGUAUUAGAUUCCGUGAUUAUACCAUCAAUGAAUGUCGAGAACUGCUUCCAAAAGCAGAUAAUGGUGAAGAACCCUUACCUGAAGGUCUUUUUUGGCUCCUUUUAACUGGUGAAAUUCCUUCAAAGGAGCAAGUUCGUGCUCUUUCGGCUGAAUUCGCGGCUCGUUCAGCGAUUCCAUCAUUUGUUGAAGACCUCAUCGAUAGAUGUCCAAAUACUCUACAUCCUAUGUCUCAAUUCUCGUUGGCUGUCACAGCUCUACAACACGAUUCGAAUUUUGCAAAAGCUUAUCAGACCGGCGUUAAUAAGAAUGAACUUUGGCAAUAUAUGUACGAGGAUGCAAUGGAUUUGAUUUCAAAAUUGCCGUACAUUGCCGGUAGAAUUUAUAGAAAUGUUUAUAAAGAUGGCAAAGUGCCGCAGAUCGAGCCAGACAAGGAUUAUUCGUAUAAUUUAGCAAAAAUUUUAGGAUUUUCUGAUCAUGAAGAUUUCGUGGAAUUAUUGAGACUUUACCUUACAAUUCAUUCUGACCAUGAAGGUGGGAAUGUAUCGGCUCAUACCACGAGAUUAGUAGGUAGUGCGCUUUCCGAUCCAUUUCUCGCGUUUUCGGCGUCUCUAAAUGGUUUGGCUGGGCCGCUACAUGGUCUUGCCAAUCAGGAAGUCGUUCGUUGGAUUAUUCAUAUGAGGGAUUCUGUUGGUGAUUUACCUUCCGAUGAAACUGUUAAAGAGUAUGUUUGGAACACUUUGAAAUCCGGAAAAGUGGUCCCAGGUUAUGGACAUGCUGUUCUCCGUAAAACGGAUCCAAGAUAUACAGCACAACGUGAAUUCGCGUUAAAAUAUCUCCCAGACGAUCAUCUUUUCAAGCUUGUAUCACAACUUUAUAAUAUUGUGCCCGGUGUAUUGCUUGAACACGGCAAAACAAAAAAUCCUUGGCCGAAUGUCGACGCUCAUUCGGGUAUAUUAUUACAGUAUUAUGGUCUAGUUGAACAAAAUUAUUAUACUGUACUUUUUGGUGUCUCAAGAUCUUUAGGUGUUUUAAGUCAGUUAAUUUGGGAUAGAGCUUUAGGUUUUCCUAUUGAAAGACCAAAGUCUUAUUCAACAGCAUUAAUCAAAAAGAUGUUUGAAGGUCAACAAUAA